CACGCUGUGUGUCCCCGUCCGCCUGCAGGUAGCGAUGGCGCGGACUGCAGGCUCCAAGUUCGCGUUCGUCCUCCUGCUCCUGCUGCAGGACUGUCCCCGGACGGUGCGCGGCGAGAAUCAUGCUCUUUCCUAUACCAUCACUGUCAUUCCUAAGCCCAGAUUUGGACAACCCUGGUGUGAGGUUCAAGGCGAGGUCAGUGGGAACAAGUUUCUGUCCUAUGACUGUGGCAUCAAGAAGUUCCAACCCAUCGGUCCUCUGGGGUUGAAGGUGAACAAUACAGAGGCCUGGAAGAAACAGUCAGAAGCUCUGACAGACCUGGUGGAAGAGCUCAGAAAGACACUGCUUGACAUCAAACCAGAGAUUGCCACAACCAGCGACCCUCUCCCCCUGCAGGGCAGGAUGCUGUGCCAGUGUAAAGCCAAUGGACACACCAGCGGAUCCUGGGAGUUUGGCUUCAAUGGACAGAUAUCCCUCCUCUUUGACUCAGAGAACAGAAAGUGGACAGUGGUUCAACCUGGAGGCGAACUAUUGCAAGGAACAUUGGCCAAUGAUAGAUAUAUAACCAAGUUGCUCAUAAAGAUCUCAAAUGGAGACUGUAGCAAGUGGCGUGAGCAAUUUUUGAAGCACUGGGAGAAAAUGCUGGAGACAACAGCAUCACCAACCACGGUCCCAGCUACAGCCCAAUCCAGGGCCACAGCCAUCAUGCCCACCGCCUGGAUCUUCCUGGUGACCCUCACCUGCUCUAUUCUCCUUGGCCUCUUAGGCUGAGUCCUUCAGAGUAACAGAGGCUGGAGUUGCUACCUAGAAACCCCUGGGUGUCUGCCUUCGUUCCUCCACUCUCCCUUCUGGUUGGCGGCCUUGCCAUCACCUGCUCUUCCUCUCUCCACCACCAGGAGUUUCAGUCCCUACAGCAAAGGCAGAGGCCCCAGGAGUCCUGAUGACCAGGGAGAUGCAGCAUUGCCUUCCCUUUAUGCACUUGGCUGAUAAUCUGCUUGACACUUUAUCUAAACAUCGGGCCAUUUUUCUUGGUGCUAAGUGUUGGGAUUUCUGCACUGAGCCUCCGAACUGCUCGAACAAGAAUCUCAACCCAGAGACCAUUUUUCACCUUCUCUCUGGUUGUGCAAAAUCAGCUGCAUCUCUACAUCCUGACCCUGUUCUUGUACAUGAUAUUGCCAGAAAAAUAUCGUGUGAGACUGCAGAACUUCCGGGAUUCUUUCUGUGUCCUGAGAAACAACCUCAUGUCUUUUAAACAGAAUGAGAUUAUAUUUAUGAUUGUUUCCUUCAGUAAUUUAUUGCCCUGUCAUGGAUAUUUAAGUGAACAUCUUGCUUUUUAAAAAAUUAUUUCAGAAUUUCAUUUUAUAACCCAAUAGAGGUGUAGUGGCAUUCACUCUUUGUCCAUAUCAUGGAGUAAGUAAAACCAGUGAUUCUGCUAAAUUACUUAUGGAAACAGAGAACUGAAGGACCACUUGUAAAUUAUCUAUCAAGCAGGACAUCUGUCAGUCUCAAACGUAAUCCUGACACCCUGAUGCAAGCAAAUAUUCUGGGACUUAAACAAGGAGAAUCUUUCUGAUUUCAGCCCAGAUCCUCCACCCCAGCAGUGACUGUCCUGUGAUCCCUCCACCCUGACUUGCCUCCUUCAGUGAGAAGUCAGUCUUCACAGCAGAAACAUCUCUACUUCUAAAUGGUAUUUUAUUCCUCCAUGGACAAAGGAUGAGUAUCCAGAAUAUGUAAAGAGCUCCUAGAAAUAAACUGGAACAAGUCUGAUUCUUCAAAGAUACGGGGAAAAUGAUAUAAGGAGUUAAUACAUGGCAAAUAAGCCCAUGAAAAGAUUGAAAAUCUCACAAAUAAUCAACAAUACUAUUAUUAGGGGACCAGCCCCGUGGCUGAGUGGUUAAGUUCCUGCACUCUGCUUUGGCUGCCUGGGGUUUCACUGGUUUGGAUCCUGGGCGCG